UUGAGCUCUCACUGUUGACUGUAAGUGUGUUCUGCAUGUUGGUUUCAUGAUGUAUCACCAGCCUGUGCUAAAGAACAGGCGCACUCUCCUCGAGAGAGCAGAGAAAUUCAUCUCUGAUGUUUACUUCACUGACUGCAACCUGAGAGGAAGACUCUAUGGAGACUCCUGCCAGCUGGAGUCCCUCAGCUCCUUCUUGUCCUCAAAACGGAUCACGUUCACCGAGGCCUUUCAGCAGACCUUUGCACCUUAUACAAUCGGUGAUACCUUUGGACCCACGUGGUGGACUUGCUGGUUUAAAGUGACCCUGAAAAUCCCAGAGUCCUGGAGGGGGAAAGAGGUUCAUCUUCUGUGGGAAAGCGAUGGAGAAGCAAUGGUUUGGAGAGACGAACAGCCAGUUCAGGGCCUGACCAAAGAGGGUGAGAAGACGAGUUACAUCCUCUCAGACUGUCUGAGAGAUGAGGAGCCACACGGUAUCACCCUUUAUGUGGAGGUGGCCUGUAAUGGUCUUUUCGGUGCUGGUCAAGGGUCCAUGAUUGCGGCCCCAGAUCCAAACAGGAAGUUUUCUGUGCAGAAGGCUGAGCUUGUGGUAUUUAACCACGAUGUACGGGAGCUGCUGACUGAUUUUGAGAUGCUGAUUGACAUCGUAAAGGAACUCGGAGAGGGAGAGCAACGAAGCUACCAGGCACUCUUCACUGUCAAUGAGAUGGUGAACCUCUGCGACCCCUCUGAUCCCGGGUCUUUCUCCAAAGCUCACAGUCUGGCUCAAACCUUCUUCAGCCAGCGGAACGGGGAAAGUCAGCACACUGCUCAUGCGAUGGGUCACUGUCACAUAGACUCAGCUUGGCUGUGGCCAUACGAAGAGACUAUUCGCAAAUGUGGCCGAAGCUGGGUGACAGUGAUCCGUUUGAUGGAGAAGAACCCCGACUUUGUUUUUACUUGCUCUCAGGCCCAGCAGUUCCAGUGGGUAAAGAGCUGGUACCCGGGACUCUACUCCCAGAUUCAGCAUUACGUUAAGAAAGGCAGAUUCAUUCCAGUUGGAGGAACGUGGGUGGAAAUGGAUGGCAAUCUUCCCUCAGGUGAGUCCAUGGUCCGGCAGUUCCUGGAAGGCCAGCGCUUCUUUAACCACGAGUUUGGGAUCCAUUGCAAAGAGUUCUGGCUUCCGGACACGUUUGGCUACUCUGCCCAGCUUCCUCAGAUAAUGCAGAGCUCUGGCAUUUCCAAUUUCUUGACACAGAAGCUUAGUUGGAACCUGGUCAACACCUUUCCUCACAACACAUUUUUCUGGGAAGGUCUGGAUGGCUCCAAGGUUUUGACCCACUUCCCACCAGGAAAUUCCUAUGGAAUGACGGGCAAGGUUGAAGACCUGGUGAGAACAGUGAAGAACAACAAAGAUAAAGGAAGAGCUAAUCACAGCGCAGUGCUGUUUGGUUUUGGCGAUGGAGGCGGUGGUCCCACACAGCUGAUGCUAGACAGACUGCACCGGGUCCAGGACACAGAUGGACUUCCCAAGGUCCAGACUUCUAGUCCGGACAAGCUUUUCUCUCAGCUUCGGUCUGACUCCGCUCUGCUUUGUACUUGGACCGGGGAGCUCUUCCUUGAGCUGCACAACGGCAGCUACACCACACAGGCUCAGAUUAAACGAGGGAACCGGCAGUGUGAGGCGCUGCUUCAUGACAUUGAGAUAGCCAGCAGCUUGGCGCUGUGUCGGAACAGGACUUUUAAGUAUCCUGUGGAAAAACUGCGGGAGCUCUGGAGGCUGCUUCUUCUGAAUCAAUUCCAUGAUGUGAUUCCCGGCAGCUGUAUAGAGAUGGUUGUUGAGGAUGCACUCGGGUAUUAUGAAGAUAUCCGCCGUGAUGGCGCUGGACUGCUGCGCGAUGCCUUUGGAGCCCUGGGGUCAAAGGGCACCUCCACUGGAGUGUUCAACUCUCUGCCAUGGGAGCGCCAUGAAGUCAUCCAGAUUCAAGAUGGCGCUGGUAAACCUGGUCUGGGUAUGUUAGAUAUUUGGAAUAUUUAUGUUGUUGCCUUCCGAAGUACAACUGCAUAUUUGAUGCUCUGUGGUAUCUGUUUUACUGCAGCUCUGGUGAAAGUUCCCAGCAUCGGUUUGUCCCCUGUCAAAGACACACAGCCUGUGGCUCCAGUCUCCGUCACUCCUCAAGCCGACGGCACUUUCCUCAUGGAGAAUGGGAUUUUACAGACAGUGGUAAACAAAGAUGGCACUUUGGCGUCGCUGUAUUUGAUCAAUGCUAACAGAGAAGCCAUCUCUGACGGCUGUCAUGGGAACCAGUUUAUCAUGUUUGAUGAUGUCCCUCUGUACUGGGAUGCUUGGGAUGUAAUGGACUACCAUCUGCAGACAAGGAAGCCGGUUCUGGAGGUGGUGCAGCCUCCUCAGGUGGUGUCCUCAGGUGGGCUCAGAGGCAGUGUCAGCUUCACACUCAGGAUCAGUGAUAAGAGCACCAUCACACAGGAGAUUGUCAUGGACGCCAUGUGUCCUUACAUCAAAUUCAACACAGAGGUGAAGUGGGCAGAGUCACACAAGUUUCUUAAGGUGGAGUUCCCAGUGAGAGUGCACAGCCCCAAUGCCACAUAUGAGAUCCAGUUUGGCCAUCUGCAGAGACCCACACACAGGAACACUUCAUGGGACUGGGCAAGAUUUGAGGUUUGGGGUCACAAAUGGGCCGAUUUGUCGGAGCACAACUUUGGGGUUGCACUGCUGAACGACUGCAAAUAUGGCUAUUCAGUCCACAAGAACACUAUGACGCUGUCCCUACUGAGAGCACCUAAGGCACCAGAUGUGAAUGCGGACAUGGGGACUCAUCAUUUCACCUAUGCAGUCAUGCCACACACAGGAUCUUUCCAAGAUGCCUCUGUCAUCCAGAGUGCAUACAACCUCAACUUCCCGUUGAAGUCAAUCCCGUGCACUGACACUGAACCCUGGAGUGCCUUUUCCGUCAGCCGCGCAGCAGUCAUCCUCGAAACCAUUAAACAGGCUGAGGACAGGAAAGAGGCACUUGUAGUCCGACUCUACGAGUCACAUGGGAGCAGCGUGACUGCAACUCUCAGCACCACCCUUCCAGUCAGGGAAGCCUGGCAUUGUGAUUUCCUGGAAAGACGAGACCCCACCCAGCCAGCACGCAUUACUUCAGAGGGAAUCACUCUGAACUUCCGCCCUUUCCAAAUUGUGUCACUUCUCCUCAUCUUGUAAAAGUAAAAGAU